AGUUCCACACUAUUGAGUUUAUGCACCUAGACACACCUCCGAUAAAAUGGCAGUAUCUCCCAAAGUCUUCCUUCGACUCUUCUUCGUCUCCAUUUGGUAGACAAGACAUGUCGAAAAACUCCAUCCUCCACGACAUGUCGUCCGCCGCAAAUUCCCGGCGCAUCACGGCGGCUCUCUCCCUCCUCUGUUUCCUCUCCCUCUUCUCCUCAACCAAAUCCGACGACCUCCAAAUUCUCCUCAAACUCAAAUCCUCCCUCCAAAGCCCCAGCACCGAAAACAUCUUCUCCUCAUGGGACGCCACAAACUCCGCUUGCAACUUCUUCGGUAUCGCCUGCAACUCCGAUGGUUCGGUCAGCGAAAUCGAGCUCUCGCAUCAGAAUCUCUCCGGGGUUCUCCCGUUCGACACGAUAUGCGAGCUCUCGUCUCUUGAAAAGCUCUCUCUCGGGUUCAAUUUCUUGCACGGCAAGGUAACGGAGGAUUUGAGAAACUGCUCGAAAUUGAAGUACUUGGAUUUGGGAAACAAUCUUUUCUCUGGCUCUGUUCCUGAUAUAUCUCUCCUGAGUGUUUUGGAGUAUCUGUAUUUGAACAAGAGCGGAUUUUCCGGGACUUUCCCGUGGAAAUCGCUUACGAACAUGUCGGGACUAAUUCGGCUGAGCUUAGGAGAUAACAUUUUCGAUCCAACUCCUUUUCCGAAAGAGGUUAUCGGGUUGAAAAAGCUGGAUUGGCUUUACCUCUCGAAUUGCAGCAUCGAAGGGGAAAUCCCGGCGGAAAUCGGAGACCUUGUGGAGCUUACAGACUUGGAGCUUUCCUUUAACAACAUCACCGGCGAGAUUCCGACGGAGAUUGGGAAGCUUACAAAGCUAUGGCAGCUCGAGCUUUACAGCAACGGGUUGACCGGGAAGCUUCCGGUGGGGAUGAGGAAUCUCACGAGGCUCGAGAAAUUCGACGCCUCGAUGAACAAUCUGGAAGGCGAUUUGUCGGAGCUGAGAUUCUUGACGAAUUUGGUUUCUCUGCAGCUGUUCGAGAACAACUUCUCCGGUGAGGUCCCGGCCGAGUUCGGAGAGUUUAAGAAGCUCGUGAAUUUGUCUCUGUACACGAACAAGCUGACGGGGAGUCUUCCUCAGAAGCUGGGAUCGUGGGCGGAAUUCGGUUUCAUCGACGUUUCGGAGAAUUUCUUAACCGGUCCGAUCCCUCCGGACAUGUGCAAGAGAGGGACGAUGAACAUGCUUUUGAUUCUUCAGAACAACUUCACUGGAGAAAUUCCCGAAAGCUACGGGAAUUGUCCGACUCUGCUUCGUUUCAGGGUCAGCAACAACUCGCUCUCCGGCGUCGUCCCCGCCCGGAUCUGGGGGCUGCCGGCGGUGAACAUAAUCGACCUCGAAUUCAAUAACUUCGAGGGCCCGAUCACCUCUGACAUCGAAAACGCGAAGGGCCUAGCGCAAUUAUUCGUUGGAAACAACCGCCUCAUCGGAGAAUUACCGGCGGAAAUCUCGGGAGCCUCAGCGCUGGUCUCGGUUCGGCUCAAUGAUAACCGUUUCUCGGGGAAAAUUCCGGCGAGUAUCGGAGAAUUGAAGCAUCUGGGGACUCUCCAUUUGGAGAACAACAUGUUCUCCGGCUCAAUCCCGAGCUCAUUAGGCUCCUGCGUCUCUCUCAACGACAUUGACAUGGCGAGCAAUUCUCUCUCCGGAAAAAUUCCUUCGUCUUUAGGCUCUCUACCAAGUCUCAACGCUCUCGAUUUAUCCGACAACCAACUCUCCGGUCGAAUUCCGCAGAGUUUGGCCUCCGUUAAGCUAAGCCUUCUUGAUUUAUCUCACAACAAACUCUCCGGCAGAAUACCGCAGUCUCUCUCCAUCGCGGCCUAUAACGGAAGCUUCGAAGGAAACCCCGGGCUCUGCAGCGUAGAAAUCAGCUCGUUCCGGCGAUGUUCUUCGGGUUCGGGCUUGUCCAAGGAAGCCCGUACGCUGCUCAUUUGUUUUGCCGUAGGUUCGGCGAUAUUAGCAUUGUCGCUUGUUUGUUUCUCGUACUUAAAGAAGAGAGAAAAUGAUGACAAAGAGCGGUCUUUGAAGGAAGAAUCUUGGGACGUGAAAUCAUUCCAUGUUUUGACGUUUACGGAGGAUGAUAUUCUUGAUUCCAUAAAGCAAGAGAAUCUGAUUGGAAAAGGAGGCUCAGGGAAUGUUUACAGAGUGGAAGCCUCUAAUGGCAAAGAAGUUGCCGUGAAGCACAUAUGGACUAACGUUGACUCGAAAUUCGGCCGCAAAAAGGCCCGGACCACGACUCCGAUGCUCGGGAAGGGCGGCAGGCAGUCGAAGGAGUUUGAUGCCGAGGUUAGGACUCUGAGCUCAAUUAGGCAUGUGAACGUGGUGAAGCUGUAUUGUAGUAUUACUAGUGAGGACUCUAGCUUGUUGGUCUAUGAGUUCUUGCCUAAUGGGAGCUUGUGGGACCGCCUUCACGGCUGCCAGAAGAUGAAGCUGGAUUGGAACUCGCGGUAUGAGAUAUCGGUGGGGGCGGCGAAGGGGUUGGAGUAUCUUCACCACGGCUGCGACCGGCCGGUGAUUCACCGGGACGUUAAGUCGAGUAACAUUUUGUUGGAUGAGUUUUUGAAGCCUAGGAUUGCUGAUUUUGGACUUGCCAAGAUGGUUCAGGCUAACAAUAACGGAGGCCAAAAUUCCACUCAUGUCAUUGCAGGAACUCAUGGAUACAUUGCUCCUGAAUACGGAUACACCUACAAGGUUAACGAGAAGAGCGAUGUUUACAGCUUUGGAGUUGUGCUAAUGGAGCUAGUGACAGGAAAAAGGCCAAUAGAGCCAGAGUUUGGAGAGAACAAGGACAUAGUGAGCUGGGUUUUUAGCAACCUAAAGAGCAGAGAAAGCGUGUUGAAUUUAGUGGACCAAGAUAUUCCAGAGGCUCUUAAGGGAGAAGCCAUAAAAGUACUGAGAAUUGCAGUUCUCUGCACAGAUAGGCUUCCUGAGAUGAGACCCACCAUGAGAAGUGUGGUCCAGAUGCUUGAAGAAGCCGAGCCUUGUGAGUUGGUGGAGAUUAUAGUCACCAAAGAUGGCGGUGCUAGCAAGAAAAUGGAAGCCUUUGAUAAGAAUAAGUUGGAUCCGGAAUUUUAAUUAAUCUUAUUGAAAUGGGAUCUUGUUAAGGUUCAAGAAUUAAUGAUUAAAUCCCACGUUUCUAGUCAUGUAUCAUUAUGUACUAUUUUGUAGUGUGUGUAGAUGAAAUAACGUGUAGUGUUAAUGUAUUCUGCUGACAACAUAGAGGCAGAUUCCUUUCUGUACCAUAUUUUAGCGAUGAUGAUGAAAAUGUCUACCCUAUUCCUUUCCACAUAUACAUAUUUGUAGUUCAAA